AUGUUGCAAGAUAUGUGGAAUGCUCCGCCUGGUUUCAGACCCACCAAGUCUGCCCCUUCCUCACCAGCCAAGCCUCUUGGAGUUUCGAGGACCCGGUCUGAGUCGUUUCAUGUGACUCACAAAGUCCCAGUAGGCGACACUCCUUAUGUUAGAGCCAAGAAUGUUCAGCUGGUGGAUAAGGAUCCAGAAAAGGCGAUCCCACUAUUUUGGGCUGCCAUUAAUUCUGGGGACAGAGUGGACAGUGCUUUGAAAGACAUGGCUAUUGUGAUGAAGCAACAGAACCGGGCUGAAGAAGCCAUUGAAGCCAUCAAGUCACUGAGACACCGGUGUUCGGAUCAAGCCCAAGAAUCUCUUGACAACAUUCUUUUGGAUCUUUACAAGAGAUGUGGGAGAUUGGAUGACCAAAUAGCACUUUUGAGGCACAAGUUGUACUUGAUUCAGCAAGGGAUGGCCUUCAAUGGAAAGCGCACCAAAACUGCCAGAUCUCAGGGGAAGAAAUUUCAAGUCUCUGUGGAACAAGAAGCCACUAGAUUACUGGGGAACUUGGGGUGGGCUUUAAUGCAGCAGAACAACUACAUUGAAGCUGAAGAUGCUUAUAGGCGUGCUCUAACAAUUGCACCAGAUAAUAACAAGAUGUGCAACCUUGGGAUUUGUCUAAUGAAGCAAGGAAGAAUUUCUGAGGCUAAAGAAAAUCUUCGCCGUGUUAAACCCGCAGUUGCAGAUGGUCCAAGAGGAACUGAUUCCCAUCUCAAAGCCUACGAAAGGGCUCAGCAGAUGCUCAAGGAUCUUGAGUCUGAGAUGAUGAACAAGGGCGGGGACCGGGUUGAGCAAAGCAGGCUUUUCGAUGCCUUCCUUGGGUCUUCAUCGAUUUGGCAGCCGCAGCCUUGCAGAGACCACCACCAUAGCAGCUUGCCAGGAACAACAGAUUCUGUUAAAACUCACCAAGAUGAGUUUGCUGAUGAGAAUAUCAAUUCAAACAUAAACAUAUUCACAAACCAGAUGGGGCUUCCUCAGCAUAAAAGUAUAAAGCAAGUUCCUCAAGCCCCUCCUCCUUUUGGAAACUCACUAAAUGUUGCUGCACAGCCCUACUACGCAAAGUUCAUGCCAGCCCCAACUAACAAUCAAAUUGCUGAGACCCUUAAGAGAACAAGGUCUGGAAAUGCUGCCAAUUCAAUGAGAGUGACCGAUACGGCUGAGAUCACAAAGCCUACUGUGGAAUUGGGUGUACCAGAGAACAAGACCAGAAGAAGGCUCUCUCUUACAUCUGAAGAAACAGGGGACGAGUUAACAAAUUUGUUGCCCGACAACAAGGACUUUGAAGAAGCUAUCAUCUCUGCGGUUAUUGACCCAACUAAUGAAACUGGGAAGGUGACUGGUACCAGCAACAGUUCCGGGAUCUUUCCGAAGAAGAUUGAAAAGAGGCUGAGGGUUUUUCAAGAUAUUACUCUCUCUUUGAGUCCAAGGGCCUGA